GAGGAGUUGAGGAGCCCGGGCCCGGGAGCCUCCCCGCUUACUGCACUAGGAAGUGACGCUUUCGCUGAGUCCCGGAGAGAAAGAAACAAAGUUUGUUUUUUUUUUUUCCCUCCUCCUUCUUCCCUCCCGCCCCCCUCUGCAAACAGCCGCUCCACGUUCCCCUGCGGCGCCCUCCGUGCCUGGCUGCGCAGGACCUGUAACUAAGUGGUCUGUACUGACCUUUGAACCAGAAAGUAUAAGAGUGAAAAGAAGUGGGAAAAGCACACAAAGAAAAAGGAAGUGAAUGCACUUUCAUCUGGACUUCUUUCCUGCCAUUUAUUACUGAAGCUGAAUGGAAAAGAAAGACUGCUGUGCCUUUCCUCCCCCAACCUCAGGGAUGGGUGGAUUAUAAAUACUGUGUGUGGCUGGGAGAAUAGACUGAACCAUGAAUCUUCAGGCUCAGCAAAAGUCUUCAAGCAAGCGGACUGGGAAACGAGUUGCCUAUUUUAAUGAGCAGGACAUAGCUGUGCCAUCAAAAGAACCACAGCAGCAGCUUAAGGAAGGGCAGUACUAUGGUCAUGGAGGGAAUAUACCAGUCUCCCAAACUAUGGAGAUUUCUCAUCCAGGAGGAUUAACAAGUGCACCCAACAACGUUGCUUUGAUGAACUCUGUUUACAAUCAAGAUAGGGGAGAAUCAGUGAUGAUGCCCCAGUCAGUAACAGCUGUCAAAUGGCAGAAUUCACUAAUGGGAAACCGGUUGCCAGAGAGGGGUGACAGCCACUGGCAGUCUCCACCUUCAAUGUGGAAUCACAGUAUGGUUUUUGGGGGCAACCCAAAAGGACCCCACUCCAAUGCUGGUGCCCCAGGUUUCUAUGGUCACCCAGAAGCCCUUAAAAGAAAUCAAGAGAAAGGAGUAUUUGUAUCACAGCUGGAUUUAUAUGGAGAUGCUGUCCAGCAGAUGAUGUCCCAGAAGGCUCAGCUGGAACAACAAGCCCUGGUUAGACAACAAGCUCAAAUGAAUUCUUUUCAUCAAAUGCAGAAACAGCAGCAGCAGAAUCAAACUCUGCCAUUGCAGCCUUUCCAACUUGCAUUUGGUCACCAAGGCCAAAAGCAAGGUCUUCCUGAGCUAUUACAUGUCUUUCAAGAAGCCCCAACUUCUUCCAGUCCAGCAUUUACUGCACAACAAAAACAGCAAGCUCUUCCCCAGCUACAGCUCUUCGAAAAUUUCUAUCCUCAGCAGCAGCAGCAGCAUCAGCAACAGACUGCCACACAAGCCUUUGGUCUGCAGCAAACAACUUCUAUAGCACAGCCUCAUGUGGCAGCUGCAGCACCUCAGCAUCACAUGAUGCCACACCAGUUUCAGCAAGCAGAGAGGAACCAGGAGCUAUUCAAGGCAUUAACAGAGCAGAACCAACAGGCUGUUCUACCUCAGACGCAGAUUCCCUUUCCAAGAAGGUCACGGAGACUCUCCAAAGAAGGUGGCCUGCUGACAUCUGCAGGAGAAGUGUUGACUUCUAAGCAGGCAGAACAACCACCUAGCAAUUUAUUUCUGCAUCACUGGCAAACACAUCAGCAAGAGGUCCCGUUACAGCAAACACCUGAGUCAUUGGCCCACAGUAAAAGUGGCUAUUUGCACCCCAAAAGAUUGGAUCUGGGGCAGAAGGAUGUCCUGGUGAAUAGUGAGCAGUGCCAGAAGGAGACAGACAGGCAAGCUGCAGCCCAGAAUGGUAGAGAUGAGGAGAAGCAGGCAGCAGCACCUGAAGAAAACACUCAGAGAACUAAUGAUUUUCAGAGUGUCAGAGGUGGUGUAAUCCAGAGUACCCGACGGAGGCGACGCGUUUCUCAAGAAGCCAAUUUGCUGACUUUGGCCCAAAAAGCUGUUGAGUUGGCUUCUCUUCAGAAUGUAAAGGAGCUGGAUAAUUCAGAGGAGAAGAAGAGUGUGCUAGUAACAGCUCCAGGACCUACUGCAGCUUCAAAAAGUGUUGUGGAAUUCGCAGGUUCUUCACCAGCUCCCAAAAAAGCCCGGGAGGAUAACAGUCUCGUGCCUCUUAUCAUUCCUGUGUCUGUACCAGUGAGAAAAAUUGACUUGCAGAGCCUUGAAAAGGAAAAGUCUGAGGAUGGAAAGCUCCAGAGAGGCCAAGCAAAUGAUCGAGCUCCAUGUGAACGGAAGCCUUCUGUGAUAGUCACUCGGAGGCGAUCUAAUCGUAAUAACAUGGAGACCUCGAGUCAGCAUGAAGAUGCUGUUCCAAAGGAUGAAGCAGAGGGCUUUGCCCGAAAACCAAAGCAGCGGCCAAGACCCGAGCCACUCUUCAUACCACCAAAAGCUGGCACCUUUAUUGCACCACCUGUUUAUUCCAACAUUACUCCGUAUCAGAGCCACUUACGGUCACCUGUCCGUCUGGCAGACCAUCCUUCAGACAGGAACUUUGAGCUACCUCCUUACACUCCUCCCCCAAUCCUCAGUCCAGUGAGAGAAGGAUCUGGUCUGUAUUUUAAUGCUAUCCUCUCUUCAAGCGGUCAUUCAGUUGCACCUCCAAUGACUCCCAAAAGUGGUCACAGAACUCUGCUUAGAUCAAAUAGUUCUGAAGUUACCCCUCCGAUUCUUACAGUAGUGGGGGAAGCCACCCCAGUCAGCAUUGAACCGCGAAUAAAUGUAGGAACUCGCUUUCAAGCAGAAAUCCCAUCACUCCAAGACAGAUCUCUAGCAGAAGCUGAUGAACAUAAAGCAGAGCUGGUGUGGCAGCCAUGGGGUGACUUGGAAACCAACAAAGUCACCCAAGAGAAUGUGGAAAACCUGCUAGCUGCUGCCUGUUCAAGCAUUUUUCCUGGGGCUGGAACCAACCAGGAGCUGGCAUUGCAUUUCUUACAUGAAGAAAAAGGAAGCAUUCUGGGAGCUCUGACCAAACUGCUGUUGAAGAAGCCAGUGCGACCACCUUCCCACCCUCUGGCAGAUUAUCACUACACAGGAUCAGACAAGUGGAAGGUUGGUGAAAAAAAGCUAUUCAACAAAGGCAUUGCAAUCUACAAGAAAGACUUUUUCUUGGUCCAAAAGCUUAUAAAAACCAAAACAGUGGCUCAGUGUGUGGAAUUCUACUACACAUACAAGAAACAGGUGAAAAUUGGUCGGAAUGGGACCUUAAUCUUUGGGGACAUUGAUGGUGCUAGUGAGAGAUCUAUGAAAGAUGAAGCUGAAGUUGACAUCAAGAGUUCCCAUAGGUUUGCACGUGUUCUUCCUCUCAGAAGGGACAUCUUCAGUGAGGAACAUGGGCAUGUGGAAGAGGAGGAGGAAGAGGAGGAAGAAGAGGAGGCAGAGGAAGGGUUGGAUAACAGAAAGAGGAGUGCAGAUGCUCUGAAAGAUGAACAAACACUACAGGAUGGUGUAAUGGCCAGCGACACCAACAUGAGGAGUCAUGAGUCAACUGUCACGGGCAGAACUGGGAGGAAGCCAAGGGAGACAACAAUGAAGCCUCGAAAGCCUAUUACUGCUCCAGUGCAGAGGAAGAAGAGGAAACAGAAGAUGAAACCAGAUGCUACCAGUAAAACACAAAACACAGAAAACACAUUUCCAUGUAAAAAAUGUGGCAGGGUGUUCUACAAGGUGAAGAGCCGCAGUGCUCACAUGAAGAGCCACGCGGAGCAGGAGAAGAAGGCGGCGGCGCUGAAGCAGCAAGAGAAGGAGGCGGCAGCGGCGGCGGCAGCCCGCAGCCAGGCCCAGCAGGAAGAGAGCAGUGACAGUGGGAGCAGCAGCAGCGGGAGCAGCAGCGCCAGCUCAGAUGAAGAUGGAGAAAUAUAGCAGCAGACCAGAAGUGGAGGGAGUAGCAAGGCUGGACCCAACCUCCUUCUCAGUGGUCUCACUUAUUUUGCUUGCACUUUUCUUACCUGAACCAUCAGGUUUUGGUUUCAGUGCUGCCAUUUCCUCAUGCCACAUGUUCCACUUCACCUUGCCAGUACUGACCAAGCCAGAAUGGUGGAUAACAAGAUUUGAUUCAACUUUGAUUUUUUUUUUUUUUUUUUAAGACUAAUAAGAUUCCUAUUCUAUUUAUAAUGAUAUCCGAGGUACAUAAUAGAACAAUGUCACCUGCAGUGGAAGUAAGUUCUCUCAGGUCAGUCAGACCUUUCUUUUAGUUCUUGUCAGGAAUCGUGGUAGUAGGACUCUUGGAAAUAAAGGUUCCCAGACUGGAGCAAGAAAAUGAAACUCUACUCUGAGCUAAGUGUAUCCAGUUACUGUGACACUGGUGAUUUCUAGUUGUUUCCUUUCUCAGCAAAUUCUUUUUUUUUAUGCUUUCCUGCCUUUCUAUCUGAGCAGUUAUUCAGGCAGACAACAAGUUUUCUGGAAAGAUUGUGUGCACUUUUGACCUCUGUUUCACAAAAAUGAAAAGAAGGAUGAGCAAGACAUUCUUCUUCCUUUUGAGGGGAAGUUUUAUUUUUCAAUUGGAAGCCUGAGGUCAGUUAUCUUAUGGCAUUAAGAACAUAGCAAUGGAUAUAAAAAUAUCCUGUGGGAUAAGAGUAGCAACAGGCCUUGCAGGUUGUCUCAUCUUGGAAAACAAAAUAGUCAGCCUUUGAUUAACUUAAAGGAGUCUGGGCUUCACAAGUGCAAUUUGAAAUGAAAAUUGCUGGGUUUGAAUUUACAUAAAUGGGAGCAAGUUUGUUUAGUGAAAAUGAACCCAGAUUUUCUUGUGUCCUAGAUUGUAUGCAGCUCAGAAAUGGGAGGAAUGGAGUCUCAUCUCCAGCAGUGAUCCCUCUGUGAAUGCUUUUACCUCUCAAUAUCCUCUUCUGUCUUGUAGCAACCCUCAUUUAUUCCUUGAAAUUGCCAUCAUCAAGCUUUUAUGGCAGGGCUCUAAUUUCCCAGACAGUUGCUGUCAAGUCAGUGUGUACAAGAGAAGCUUGUCAUCUAUUUGCACACCAGUGGCUGGGCAGUGCUGCCUGCUGGGUUGUCCUGCUAUGAGCUGUGCUCUUUGCUGAAAGGCUCACUCUUCCUUCAGAACUGACACAAGCUAGUAUCUCAAAAAGUCUAGCCACUAAAAGCUGCUGGUGAAAGAGAGUUAAGAAGAAGUGGUACAGGUGACAGAUAUUAAAUUCAGACAGGAUUGUUCCAUACAUCUUUAUAGCCCACAUUUAUCAUUAUUUUGUAAGGAUGCAGAGAAUCACUUGUGCUUCAUGGCCAGUUGGUGCCAUCCUGUAGCCUGGCUGCCCAGCUUCCUCCCUACAGCCAGUGCUUAGGAGCAGCAUUGAUCCCCAGCUUCUCAGGUGCUGGCACUAUGUCAGACCACACCACACUGAAGGAGCUGAUCACUCCUGCCUUCCCCCGCAGGGAACCAAGAGAUGUUGUAGUACGUGAACUACUGAGUGUGCCUCACUUGCAGAUUAUUUUUAAUUUAAAUUUUGACCCUUCCAGCUGCUAGAUAAAUUCCUGGUUAACUAUAGAAAGAGGCUGUAACUCCAGCAUGUCAUCUGUCAGUCUUCUUCCCCUGUAGAUGGCUUCAUGAUGGCUUCACUCUUUUGUUUGGGAGGCUGUGUAUUGUACAAUGUUUGCUUUAACAUAUCUAUGCCUUUGCAUAGAAUUUUUUUUCUGAAUAGCAGAAACAGUUACUACUCUUACAAAAUCAGGGGGAACAUCAUUAAGGACUGCACUCUUUGCAAAGGUGACACUUUCACAUGUAAGUGUUCAGUUUUCUGUCAAGAUUGUAUUUUUCAUUCCUAUCAAAACUGGGGCUCCUUUCAGCAUUUGGAUGACUGUUCCAUGUUCCUACAUUGAAUGGAUCUGGUUGACUAACCAGGAAGCACAUGGCACAUAGUGAACUGGCAAAAUAAUUCAAAAGCUGCUUCUUUAAAAAGAAGCUUAAGCAAAUCAGUCUUCCUCAUAAGGAUUUCAGUGUUGAUUUUUAUUUUUUGUUUUUUAUAAAUUGGGGAAAAUGCUUGUCUGCCAUUAUCUUAGGGCCCUUGGAGAGAACAGAAGCUUUAACACACUGUCAGGAGAAACAGUAGGUGAAGCAACUGCAAGUAUUAUUACAGUCUUCCAAAGGCCAGAUCUUUCACUGAUUUUCUCUAUUUUAGCAAACUGAUAUAAUUUUUCGUCUUGUCAAGGACAAGCUCUUGAGGUGCUGGUUAGAACAAAUCAGAGAUUUUCUUUACUUGCAUAGAAGUGUUGUGUAUAUUAUGUGCUGAUUCCAGUACUGGUUGUUUCUCUCCAACCCUUCUGCAGUUUAAGUAGAAUGGAACAGGAAAACUGGACACAGUCUGUCACUUGAAGAAAAUCAGAAAAGGGCUUUUCUGAGGAUAACCUCUAUAACAGCUGUGGGCUAGCAGGGCUGACCACAAUCAGGUAAAUGUGCUAAGUAAGUGGCAUCAAGUUCGAAUGUUUCUGAGCAUACUUCCAAAUUGCUAGCAGCCACCAGAAGACUUCUUUUCUGGCAUGGUAGUAAGUAAACCAGCUCCUCCAAGUGUCAUCUUAAAAGACAAACAAGCAAACCAAGCCUUCUGUUCACUGGCUUACAGAGGAGUUUGGAAUUGAUCCUGCAUUUGAAUUAGAGCUUGCCUAGUAGCAAAAGUUAGCAGAAUUUUUUUUUUUUUUUUUAAAGAACAAAAUCAAAACCCAAACAACCAACCCCCAGUUUCUGUGGACAAAACAUUUAAAUGGAAUUUGUCUAAUCUGGAAUGAGUUAUGCUCCUACUCUUUGUGGGGGAAAAAUAACUUGAGUGGCUCUUUACUGUAGCACAAUGUUAAUUUAAGUUUGUGUUAGUCUUGUUAAGAUUUACAAAAACCCAUCCCAAACAAACAAAACUCUUCUCAAUAUUCUGUUGAUAUGUCUGUUUUAAAACUCCAUGCUCAUUAUUUCCCAUUGUUUAAGGGCCUAUUGACUGAUCCCAAUUUAGUGUAAGGGUUUGCUGCUAAUUUAGAAAACAGGCAGAAGAAAGUAAUUAAUUUGAACAAGAUGUAUCUUCACUUUGAAGAACAAAUGGGAACAAAUAUAAUAUUUACAGAAUGUAAUUCCGUAAAUGUGUACUAAUAGAUUUGCCUUUUACAGUGCAAGAUCAGGCUUCAGGUGGUCAUAUACCCCAUAGUCAGAUGGCUGUAUUUCAAAUCAUUACCUACUUGAGUCUUGAUGCCAGCACUGGGCAUCAUGGAGAUGCAGUGACAGGUCAUGUUUGCCCUGAUCACGUACUUCUGCCUGUGCUUCUGCCUGUCCUUUACAGAUAGAUUCAUUCUUUCAGGUUUGUGAUCUGCAUGGGAUAGCAUCUGAGUUUUGUAAGACUAUGUGUGUAUGUAAUUACUAGAUAGAUGCAUGUACUUGUGAUGCAUAUCUGAUACAGCUGCAGGUGUUUUGCAGUCCAGCUGCAAGAACCACUCUGCAUUUUAAUUUAUUUGAUGUUUGUUCUUUUACUGAUACGGGUGAUGGUAUCGGAGAGAACUUGGCUCUGUAAGUUGAAGGCCUACAGAAUUUCACCCAACUGUGCAGGACCAUGGCAUUUUGCUGGCUAGAAACAGGUAGGGAUGUAGCUGCUUAAAGGAAGGGCAAAGAUAGAAAUUCAAAAGCUUAAAGGUAACUCAUCUGUUAAACCCAUUGUAGAUAAAGUCCAAUUUAACUAAAAUACUCCCGAUUUAUCAGACUGAGGCUUUUGGUCAUUUUUAUCAUUACAACAAGCUUAGAUUAAAAUCAACACUUUUCAGAAAAAAUGAUUCUUAAAUCACAAAUGUGAGCUUUCUCACUCUCUGCAGUUACACACUUCUUAAUUCUCUUUCAGGCAAUGGACUAGAAGGUUUCUACAGAUACAUACUGUAUUUUAAAGAAAUGGGAGUAGGAAGGACUAUAGCCAUAGGAGUCUUGCUUUCAUACAAUGGCACAUUUAGUCCAGUGAUUACCAGAAACCUUAUUCUAAUACACAUUUUCCCACACAAACUUUCUCUCUGCUUUAUAUUCUGAUGUAUGUCUGGAAGUUUAUAAAGCUUUAAAGAGGCAGAGAAGCAAGUCUACAAAUCAUGUUUGAUUUCUGGGAGGGGUGAAUUUCUAUGUAAAUUUGUCACUUGGGUUCAGCUUUACUUUCCCUCCUUCUCUUCUGUGUCAUAUGUUAGGAAGACACAAACUUUAAAUCCCAAGCUGUCUAAGGAUCUUUCUUUCCAAGACUAAGAUUCCACUGACAGCUGAUCCUGAAAAACCGUUAACUUCUCCAGAUUAGAAGACAACAUAUAUUUUUAUAGAAAUGUAAUUGUGUAUUUUAAAAAAGUUUCCUGCAGCUUCUCCACAUGUAUUUUCCCCCUUGUAGUUCAGAUUUGAUAUAAACUUUUUUGUGUUCAUUCUUUUUAUGUUCUGUUUUUAAAUUUGUAGUCAAAGCUUUGGUGUACUGUACAGGAGCAGUCAGCCUUUGUAAUUACUGUAUAAAUGCUUUAUUAUAAAGUAUAUUACUUUUAUUUUAACAAGUGAGCAGACAUUCCUUUUGUGUGUCUGCUGCCUAGGGCACCUUUUAAAAGACUGUUACAUGUUUAAAAUGUACAUAUAUAAAUAUAUUUACCUGUUGCUGUACAGUUGUGAUAGACUGGACUGAAUUUAUUUUUUGUGUGCUUUUUUAUAAAAUAUUAAUACACUAAAGGAAAUCUUGCAGAUGUGAUUGUAAUGUACUAUGUAACUUAUUUACUUAAUAUCCUCUAUAUAUCUAAAAAACCUUUUAUUAAAUGAGGUUAAAAAAAUAGUCUCUUAGCUGACUUUCUUGAUGGUACGAGGGAGCAGCUGGGGGCUUGUGCAGGCUAUGAUGCACAGGAGGCUGUCCCAAGUUCUUUGGUUGCUCUGCUCUCUCUUCUUUGUACUCACCUGUGUUUCCCACAGCAGCCCCAGAGGCUGUUUCUCACCUUCCCCUGAGGCACAAGCCUGCAAUGUGUGUUAUGUCAUACAUCCAAGAAAAUAACUGGCACCUGUGGCUGUAGGAGACCAGGGAAAUCUGCAGCUCCACUGCUUUACAGAAGUGUUGAUGGGAUGUGUGUCCCCCUCCAAGCCAAGCACCCUUGCAGAAAGACAGAAACAACCUUGACAGUGUGCUAGGAAUUCCUGGGGAACAGGUCUGCUGUGCUGUAAAUAAGGCCGGUGGGAUUCUGACACUACCUGAAACAACUACAAAGACCAUGGGCAAGGCAAAGACAUCAUGGAGUAACUUAGUACCUGAUAGGCUUGCAUCAGAUGUGAAUUCUGCAAUGGCUUCAGUUGUAGAUCAUAUUGUAUCACACUUUCAGUGACAAAGUUUGAAAAAACUUUUACUAAAUACUGUCUUAAAUGCACUUACUUGUUAUCUGAAUCCGACGGGGGGAUGUUUAACAGGUUUUGUUACACAGUAUGUAUUUUGUUUCUUCUGGCAGCAGUUGGAUACCUUGCUGUGGAUUUUAAAUAUGCUUGCAUCUAUCCUCAAAACAUCUUCAUUCUGUUUUGGUACUUUGCCUUUUAGUUAACUAGGCUACACAGGUGUUCUCACACCUGUGGGUAUGAUGUCUUUAAAAGCUACAAAUGCUACAUAAAGCAGAUGGCAGAAAUGUGCCAGUGUCUGACUGGUCUCCUGUGAGAUUGCACUUAGGAUCUAAGGCAGCACACCUGUUAAUUUAUACUGACCUUUUCAUUUCAAUAUUUUUGGCAAAGAUGGCAGGAGAAAGACUCAGCCCAAAACAUGAAAACACUAGUUUUUUCAGCUCAGUAUAGAAGUCUUUGCUUUAGUUUAAUCCUGUGCCUGUGGCAGUUGAUCAGCAACGACGUUUUGAGAAAAAAGUAUUUUGCUUGGUGUGUGAAGAGACAGGGAACACUGAAGCCUUCAUUUGAGAUAACAGACCAGGACUUUAAGGCUUUAAGUCACAUAUUUGCAUCCCUGUCAAUGCCAGCUGACAAAAGUGCUGAAGUUUAGUACUUGGCACUAAAUCUGAGGCUGUGCAAGCAAACCUUGGACAAUCAAAAACCCCACACAUUUGGAGCAAUUUGUGUUCUAUCUUUUUUUAACUUCUGGAUCUAAGCCCAAGCUUCUGGAAGUUACUUCAGCUACUGAAAGAAACCUAAUAAAGCAUUUUAGUCACUAGUAAGCUUUGAGUUAGUGGUACUGUGAGGAGUUCUGCAGUAACUCCCUAUAUGCUUUCUAAACAGCAUUACAACCAUCACUGUAGGAUGCUGCUCCUGUCAUUAUUGAGACCAACUGCUGUGGACUGUGAGGUAGGAAGAAUUUUCUUUAUGGAGUUUUGAAAUUACACUUCAGUGACAUGGUCUACUCAAGGCUGAAGUUUCUAUUAGAGAAGUCUUUGAAUCAGUUAGCCUUUCCCUGUCUGGUUUAAUGGAACUGAUUGUAUAUUAUUGUUAUAGAAUUUAAAUUCAAAGUGAAUUAGUAAUUUUGUCGUGAAGAAACCAGCUAUUUCUCUAACUUACCUGGAUAUUUUUCCACAUACAGCAGUAGUAGGCUUUUCUCUUAGGACCUAAGAACAAAUUCUGACAACCAAGGUCUUAAAAGAUUAAAAAAUAUUUAUGUAUCAGAUGACAACAAUCACAAUAUAUCAGCAUUUUUAAAGCCUUAAGUUAUUUUCUAUUCUAAAAUAUAGAGGCAAUAAGGAACAGCAUUUACAUGCUAUCAUACUCUAAAUACAUCGCUUCCUGAGCAGCCAGGAACGUUUCAUGAGAAUGAAAUUUAAUUUCCAAAUACUCUUCACAAGCUGAACUAUUUCAUUACACAUCAGCCAAAGACAUUUGUAUAAAAUAAGGUUAUAUUAUUUUUGAACAACUUUCACAGAAUAACAUUUAUAAAUAUAGGCCUAAAUAAUUUAAACACAGCAAAUUUAACAGCUUUUCAUGCUACAAAAUUACUGUAUACAAAAGAUUGCCAAAGGGGAUGUUAAAAGUGCUCUCUUGCUUGGAAGUUUUUCUAGAUGAGCCUACUUCCAGUGUAACCUGAGGCAUCUGCUGGUUCUCAGGUCUCUUCUGUCAUUUUCCCAUCAGUUCUCAAUAAUCACUGCAUACAUCAAUCAGCUCUUUGAAGACAGGUGAGUGUGCCAACAGGCAAGCAAAAAACCUAGCUAGUUUCUACCACUAAUUUGAUUUUAGGAUAUUUCUCUAAGGAAUAAAGUGGAUGCUAGUCCUCUAUAACUUCACUGGGAAAAGCAGAAUUCCACGUGGGUUGCACAUUUUAUAUGGGUGCUCCAUUCAUUAAUGAAUAAUACCGUGCUUACUGCUUCACUGGAUGUGGUGUGAUAGGGAGCAGCAGAGUGCACAAGUGAAAGCCAGGCCUUCCAGCAUCUCACUCUAAUGUUCCUGUGGGGGCACAGGCCAAGGUGUCACUGUCACCUUAUACAUAGCAUAAUGUAGCACCACCAAUAUGCAAACUAGCUGUUUUAAUUCUACCGCCUCUCUAUGACUUCCAUCACAUCCAGUGCCUAAUUUUAAAGUGCAAAUUUUAAAAUUUAGGAAAACUUUGGAGGAGAAAAAGUUUGGGGAGGUUGUUUGGUUCUUGAGAGUAAUCAUGACGCAUCAGACAAAGCAAGGUAAAGUGAAGAUACCAGCUUUGAGACAAAGCAUCUCCUGACAAACAAAAGUCACAGUCAAUUCUAUUCUUACUGUAUUGUUUCAAUGAGACUGACACAUAGUUUUUAUCAGAAGGGUUUUUAAUUAUAUUCUAAGACAUGAUGCUCCCUGCCUUCAAUAAUGAUUUUUUCCCCUUUUUUGUUGGUAUUCAUAAUGCAGCCCCCAAAGAAAAGAGCUAGAGAAUUUGUGCCAUUUCAUCUGUGGAAAGCACCAGUGCCAGUGGGCCACACAAUCCACCCAGCUCUACCACCACCUACAAUAGUUUUGGACUGAUUACUGUAGAUGUAGCUUCUACUCAUCACUUUCAAGAGCCAGGAACUGCUCUUAUCCCUCACAGCUUGUCAAUGGAUCUGUGUUUCACUUCAAUCAUUACAACAUAGUCAGAACACUAAGUUUCUAUUCUGCUCUCAGAAUGCCCCAAUACAGCCAAAAUGUAGAGCAUUUGCUGUAUCUAACAUAACCUUCAGAAAUGCACAGACUUAGGCCAUAUUUAAAGAAUCAACCAGCAGGAUUACUUGGCAUUGGACUGUGCUCAUCACUCCCUUUUCCUCCUGCCACAAGCAUGUGUGGAGUUAACCCAGCCAUACACACCACUUGCAGCUGUUCUGGGAGAGACCAGGUCCACAGCUUCAACCACUUUGUGGCCAAGCACUAGGAGAAGAGCACCAUGUGGUCAAUAUCUCCAAACACAGAGAUGAAUCUGGCAUUUCUGCUUGUGGGGAACAUUCAGAAGGCAAGUUUUGAGUCAGUCAAGCUCUGGCUCGCGUGAGCCACACUUUGACUACAGUGGUCAAGGGCACAGCCAAUCUCCUGUGGGCCACCCCAGCAGAUGUGGCCAGCAGGGCCUGUGUGUGCCACGGGCUCUGUACUGCUGAAGCACACCCACCUUGCCAUGAGUGGUUGACUGCAAGUGAAUAGAAUGGCUUGGCUUCAAAAGACAUGGAAAAUGACUGCUGACUGUAGACACUCCUCCAUGGUGCUUCUUGGUCAAUGCUGCCUUUACUCAUGAUAAAGCUAAGGAAAUACUUCUAAAGAAAUAACAAACAAAAAUGAAGUUGUCUAGACCCAGUGAACUAGCUAACUAAGAAAGUAGUUUCUAGUAAAGAGAACAGCUGCCUGGAAAUAGUUUGUGCUGAGUGAAGAAUGUCUAGAGUUUUUGCCAUUGUGCUCAUGACCUUACUUUUACUAAUGGAUCCAAACCAAACUCAAACCUCUUCAGCAAAUGCCAAUUUAAAUCAGAAUGCUUUAGAAUUCCUCCAAUAAUCACAGAUUAAGUAGCAAUAUAUUGAAACGAAACUGUGAUUGUCUUGUAAUAAUUUACGUCACAGUGUUCACUUAGAAACUGAUUCAGAGAAUCGCCUACAACAAUUAUACCUGGAGCUUGAGAUCUGUACCACUGUUGCCUGGACCAAUUCUACCAUUUCAUCUCUGAACUUGUCCUCCAAGAUUUCUCCACACUCCUGACACACCUUCACGAACAAAGUAACUUAAGAGUGGCAUUCUGACCCUGUCCCUCCUAUGCCUGGGCUGGAAC